UCGCUCUGCUCAGACCAUUUGCACGUCAAGCCAAAGACAGCAUGACGGCGAACGGAGAGCAUACAGCUGGAAUGGAGGAUGAGCCGAGAGGUUCCGGAUCCGCCCAACAUAUCACCGAAGAUGAAGCGUCCUUAUACGAUAGGCAGAUUAGAUUAUGGGGUCUAGAAGCUCAGAAUCGUAUGCGAUCCUCCACUGUCCUCCUGUUAUCGCUUCGAUCAUUGGCGCAUGAGACCAUCAAGAACCUGGUCUUAGCGGGUAUAGGACGUCUGAUAGUGAUGGAUGAUGGGGCCGUGACUGUCGACGAUCUCGGAACGGGAUUCCUCUUCCGAGAGGAAGAAGGGGCAGUGGGCCAGGAACGUGUCCGAGCUGCCGCUGCUCAGAUCGAGUCAUUGAAUCCACUGGUAUCUCUCACUGUCCGACCGACGCUUUCGCCCUUUGUCCGGGAUCCCAGUACAGCGUCCUCGUCGGUGGACACGGAGAGGGAAAUGGUCGAUUUCUUACGAAAGGAGCGAGUCGACGUGGUGGUCGCCUGUGAUCUGAAGCGCGACCAAUUGAUCGCCAUCGAUGGUGCUGCCCGCAAAGCUGGCUCCAUGUUCUACGGCGCCGGGUCAUAUGGCUUUUACGGCUAUGUUUUUGCAGACCUCGGAGCAGACUACGAAUACGUAUACAGCCCUCUUUCAACUUCUACGAAUCCUUCACCUUCUCUGUUCAAGAAAAAGCUUUCGUUUCCAAGCUUCUCUCAGGCUUUGGAAACAUCCAACUGGUAUCUGGGCCACAAAUCAACUACAUUGGGAGCCAGCCCAUUCAGGGACCUCACACGACAGGCUACGAGAGACAGUGAUCCUUUGACAGUCAUUGCGAUGCUAGCUCUGUGGGAGUACGAGAAGCGGUUCGGCAGUCUACCUUCUAGCUCGAGCCGGAAAAGACGGCGUGCCAUCCGAGACGAAGGGGAACAGAGGAGUGGGACCUCGCACGAUGCCGAUGAAGCUCCAUCUGACGAUCCUCCCCACAUCGACGAUCAUGAAGGGGUGACCGCAUCCGACUCGCAUGAGGCAUUUAAUCAAAUCUACUCAGAUUUCAAGUCUCAACUCGGUCUGAAUCCGAAGUUCCGAGCACCAGGCGACCAGCAUGGACUGGAUAUGGAAUCGAUCAUGCUAUCGCAUCUUGUGACCCAUGCCGAACAUUCUUUUGCGCCAACUUUGGCGAUCCUCGGCGGACUCUUGGCUCAGGAUGUCCUCCGUGCAUUAAGCAAGAAAGACAAGCCAUUCGUCAAUCUGCUCGCUGUGGACUCGAUGGGAGGUACCGGGGCUGUCAGUCGAUGGGCCAUGUUGGAUGCGGUUGAUGCCUGAUCGCGGGCGACGGGCACUCAUCGCGCCGAUGUCUGGCACACCGUUCUGUAUGCACCUCCACGAGCUUGACGUUUUAUGAGCUUACGCUCUCUCAGACUUGUAUAUUUUGAUGCAUGCCGAGCUACAUCGAUG